CAUGAGAGUGCGGCGGGGCUGGAGGGAGUCUGUACAGGCGGGGGGAGCUCUGGGUCUGACCGUCACUCAAGCGCCGCUUCCCUCGGUCACAGGAGGAGCCCGGGCUGAUCUCACUGACUCUGGGACUGACUCUGGGACUGACACUGGGAGCUCCAUACAAGUCUCUCUCGGAGCUGGCGAGGCCCCCCUGCCGGGCUGUGUAGGAGCAGCAGCAGCGGGAGGAGGAGGAGGCGGCUCCCCUUGCUCAGUGUGCCCGGCUGUGCUGCAGAGACGCUGGGCGGGGAGAAGGAGCAGCCAGUGUCCCCCCUCCCCCGGACCUCUCGCCAUUAUCCACGGGCUGCCGCAGCCGCUUUGUCUCCCACAUCCGAAGCAGCACAUUCCUGACCCAGCGUCGCCGGGAGAGACAGCGGGUGAGGGGUCGGGGGAAAGCGGAGAGCCCCAGGCUGGUGUUAAGGGUCUGCUCAGCAGAGGAUGAACGGAGCUGCUGGGGGUGAUACACAAGGAAAAAUGACUGCCCCAAAGGAUCAAGAUCAAUGGUCCCAGGAGGACAUGCUGACUCUCCUCCAGACCAUGAAGACUCUCCUCCCUGGCCAGGACAACUCCAAGUUUAAGACCACCGAGUCCCACCUGGACUGGAACAAACUGGCCUUCAAACAUUAUUCUGGUUCCAUGUGUCGCCAGAAGUGGAUGGAGAUUUCCAACGAGGUAAGGAAGUUCCGGACUCUGACAGAGUUGAUCCUGGAUGCAGACGAACACGUGAGACAUCCCUACAAAGGCAAGAAGCUGAAGAAACACCCAGAGUUCCCCAAGAAGCCGCUCACCCCUUACUUCCGCUUCUUCAUGGAGAAGAGAGCUAAAUAUGCCAAGCUGCACCCCGAGAUGAGUAAUCUGGAUCUCACCAAGAUUCUGUCCAAGAAAUACAAAGAGCUGCCGGAGAAGAAAAAGAUGAAAUACAUCCAGGACUUCCAGAGGGAGAAGCAGGACUUUGAGAGGAACAUGGCUAAAUUCAGGGAGGAGCAUCCUGAUCUCAUGCAAAAUCCAAAGAAAUCUGAUGUCCCGGAGAAGCCCAAGACCCCUCAGCAGCUGUGGUACAACCAUGAGAGGAAGGUCUACCUGAAACUGCAUGCUGACGCCAGCACAAAAGACAUUAAAGAUGCAUUAGGGAAGCAGUGGUCCCAGUUACCCGAUAAGAAGCGCCUGAAAUGGAUCCAUAAGGCACUGGAACAACGCAAGCAAUAUGAGGGUGUAAUGAGAGAAUACAUGCAGAAGCAUCCGGAACUGAACAUCACAGAAGAGGGCAUCACUCGCUCCACUCUCACUAAGGCUGAGCGCCAGCUGAAGGACAAGUUUGAUGGUCGGCCAACCAAGCCUCCACCGAACAGUUACUCGAUGUACUGUGCAGAACUGAUGGCCAAUAUGAAGGACGUUCCCAGCACGGAGCGCAUGGUCCUCUGCAGCCAAAGGUGGAAGCUGCUCUCCCAGAAGGAGAAGGACGCCUACCACAAGAAGUGCGAGCAGAGAAAGAAAGACUAUGAAGUGGAGUUGAUGCGUUUCCUUGAGAAUCUCCCAGAAGAGGAGCAGCAGAGGGUUCUGGCGGAAGAAAAGAUGGUGGGUAUGAAAAGAAAAAGAACUAACACCCCAGCAUCAAAGAUGGCCACCGAAGAUGCUGCAAAGGUAAAGAGCAGGUCUGGCCAGGCAGACAAGAAGAAAGCGGCAGAGGAGAGGGCUAAACUGCCAGAGACCCCCAAAACUGCCGAAGAAAUCUGGCAGCAAAGUGUGAUUGGAGACUAUCUUGCUCGAUUUAAGAAUGAUCGCGCUAAAGCCCUGAAGGUCAUGGAGGCCACAUGGUUAAAUAUGGAGAAGAAGGAGAAAAUCAUGUGGAUAAAGAAGGCCGCCGAGGACCAGAAACGCUACGAGAGAGAACUAAGUGAUAUGCGCUCUACUCCAGCCCCAACGACAGCAGGAAAAAAGGUCAAGUUUUUGGGAGAACCCAAGAAAGCGCCUAUGAAUGGCUACCAGAAGUUCUCUCAGGAGCUCCUGUCCAACGGAGAACUCAAUCACCUCCCCCUUAAGGAACGUAUGGUAGAAAUUGGAAGCCGGUGGCACAGGAUUUCUCCCACUCAGAAGGAUUAUUACAAGAAGCUGGCAGAGGACCAACAGAGGCUCUAUCGUACUCAGUUUGACACCUGGAUGAAGGGGUUAUCGACACAAGACCGUGCAGCAUACAAGGAACAGAAUACAAAUAAACGCAAAAGUACAACAAAAAUACAGGCUCCUAGCAGCAAAUCCAAAUUAGUAAUUCAGAGCAAAUCGGAUGAUGACGAAGAUGAUGAGGAUGAUGAGGAUGAAGAAGACGAUGAUGACGACGAUGAUGAAGAUAAGGAGGACUCAUCUGAAGACGGAGAUUCUUCAGAUUCUAGCAGUGAUGAGGACAGCGAGGAAGGCGAAGAGAAUGAAGAUGAAGAAGAUGAGGAGGAAGAUGAUGAGGACAACGAAGAGGACGAUGAUGACAAUGAAUCCGGAUCCAGCUCUUCUUCAUCCUCUUCUGCCGACUCUUCUGACUCGGACUCAAACUGAAUACACGAGACUUGGGGAUGGCUUUGGAAAUGUAAAAAAAAAAAAAGAGGGAGGGGCAAUAUUUUUUACCCUAUCGAGGGUUGUUCUAGUCUGGCUUGUGGGAUCUUUGCCACCAUGUAGGUAGGGAUGGCUUACAGGGUCAAGUUGUUGGGAGAGGGACGGCACAUUCCCUUUGUGGGCUCAAGAGGAUUCUCCUUUACCUGGUGCCGUAUUGUCACUCAUUUUCCCUACUGUUGUGUUCCGUUCUCUGUAUCAGAAUGUUCCCUGUACUGUUUCGGGUUAUUGGACUCCUGUAGUUAUCCCCCAUCCCUUCUAUGUCUUCCUAUGUGUGGGGCCCGGGGCCCUUAUAUAGCACUGUCCUUCUAUUGCCAGCACUCUCUCCUGUACCAAUCCUGCCCACUUCAUGCUUUAUUUUCUGCAGGUUCAAGUGAGAGCCACAAUUGUGUUCUGUUUUAUAUCACCACGGACAAUAUGGAGCUUUACGUAUUGACCGACGCAGCCUCGCGUUAUUCUGUGGUCUAUAUUGGGCCUUGCCUGCCCUCUCUUAUCAUUUCCCUACUUAUUGCCAUCAUCUCCUAUAUUUAAAGGGGAACUAUCGCUGAAAUGAAAAGUUAAUAUAAGCUCCAGCAAGAAACUUUCUAAAUACAAUCAAUUAAAAAUAAAUAAUAUUCCUCUCUCAGCAUCUGUUUCUCUUCAUUCUGUCUUCAUGCGGCAGUUGGGUGUCAGAUAUUCAUUGACAGUUAGAUCCAAUAUAUCUUAUAGGGGGGCUCCUUUUGCCUAGAAGAUGUAUUAGAGCUCACUCUAUUAAACUCACCAGACAUCAUGUCUCUCUACAUGCAGGAUUUGUGCAAAAGGCAGUUAUUUUGUUAGAUUUUGUUUAUACUGGAAUCCGUUAUUUGAAUGAGAUCUAAUACACCUGCUAGGAAAGCAGAUGAAUUCUAUAAGAUAUAUUGGAUCAUUCAUCCGACACCCAACUGCCGCAUGAAGACAGAUUGAAGAUAGACAGAUGCUGAGAGAGGAAUAGUGAAGAUAAACUUGAUUAUUUGCAGAAACAAUGCAGAA